ACCUGCGCCCUUCUCUUUUCCUCCUCACUCGACAAAAACAAAUCUCCCUAAUUUCAGUCAUGAAGGCCCAGGUCGCAGCAGCAACUGUCUUGGUCUUGCUCCUCCUGACCUUUGCUGCGGAGGCUCGUACGUGCAUGUCGCGAAGCCAGGAACAGAAAGGGAGGUGCUUUCACGAUACGGAUUGUGCCGCCGUCUGCGUCAAACAGAGCUUCACCGGAGGCUUAUGCAACGGGCGGCCGCCGUUCAAGCAGUGCUUCUGCACUAAGCCAUGCAAGAGAGAGAGAGCUGAUGCUACACUCCGGUCGUCAGGCCUCUGAUCAUGUUGUGCUUGAUCCGCAUGACAGCGCGACUCUCGCUUGUAUGCCUAGGUUGAUGUGUAUGUAAUAAAUAAACAAAAUAGUAAAUGACAUGUUUUUCUUACAUGAAAGUCAAGCGAUUUUGCUUAUCUGACCGGCAUGUGUCCGC